AUGGCCUCGGCGGUGUUUGAGGGCACGUCGCUGGUGAACAUGUUCGUGCGCGGCUGCUGGGUGAACGGCAUCCGCAGGCUCAUCGUGAGCCGGCGCGGCGACGAGGAGGAGUUCUUCGAGAUCCGCACCGAGUGGUCGGACCGCAGCGUGCUCUACCUGCACCGCAGCUUCGCCGACCUGGGCCGCCUGUGGAAGCGGCUCCGCGACGCCUUCCCCGAGGACCGGCCCGAGCUGGCGCGCGCGCCGCUGCGGCAAGGGCUGGUUGCUAUCAAGGACGCACAGGACAUGGAGACCAGACUCAACGAGGUGGAGAAGCUACUCAAGACAGUCAUCAACAUGCCCUGUAAAUACUCCAGGUCAGAGGUGGUGCUCACCUUCUUUGAAAGAUCUGCACUUGACCAGGUGUUGAAGAAUGACAGUGUGCACAAGAUUCAGCCCAGCUUCCAGAGCCCCGUCAAGAUCUCAGAAAUCAUGAGGUCCAAUGGGUUUUGUUUAGCAAACACAGAGACCAUAGUCAUCGACAACAGCGUACCCAACGGGAAGGACCAGCACCUGGACGCGGACCCCGCAGAGCGUCUGUUUGAGAAUGGUGGUGAGUUCACUUCAGAGCUGGAAGAUGGUGAUGACCCCGCGGCCUAUGUCACCAACCUGUCCUACUACCACCUGGUCCCCUUUGAGACAGACAUUUUGGACUAAGUCUCUCCAUCGUGUCGUGCUGUCCACUGCCUCGUCCCCGACGGCCAAAGCUGCUGUUCAGUCUGGGCCUUCCAGCGCCGGGAGGCCCACUUCCUCUGAGGCCCGGAUGUCACAGGGCCCCUCGGUGGCUCCAGGCUGACCCAGGUCUCCAGAAACAGGAGGCCUGCCGUCAGGAGGAGUCUUCCCUGCACUCAGCCCUGCCAGCCGGCCUGCGCCUGGACCUUGCUGCCCAUGCCCAGUGCCUGCAGACCACGCCUCCUUUUUCUCUGCUGUCUCCUUUUGGGGGGCAUUCCUCUUGGUCAUGUGUUCUUAACCUCCCACAGUUCCUUCCUGAGUCAAAGGCACAAAACAUUUUUAAGGAAUGUUUUGAUGAGUCACCAGGUUCUCGGUGGCCUGGUCAGGGGAUGUUAAAUGACUCAGGAACCAGGAUUAUGGCUUUCAUUUUUGCUUUUCUCUUCUUGCUGGAAACCAGGUUUUGAGUAACUCUUAGAAGACAGGUUUCCAGAAGGUUGAGCUCCUUUGGGGAGUGUUGUCUGCGUGUGGCAUAUGAAUUGAGCAGCAAGUUAAGGAUUCUGUCUCCGAGAGCAGAAGUCCUUCCUGUCUACCAGCACCUGUCUGCAGGGACAGGAUGCUGUCACCACCACCCAAUGGCACAAUUGCCAUAAGGAAUCUGAAAGGGAGGGGUGGGGCGGGGAGAGGACUCUGCAGACCCCUGGGAAGGUCUGUAUCCUGUGAGCUUAUCUCCUUACAGUGUCUACUAACGACCAGCACUUGCUAAUGUAAAUAUUAGUAAAUUAUUGAGAAUUCUAAUUCUUUUACACAGUCUGUUUUUAAUCUAUUUUAAUUAAAUAAAAUCUUUUACUCUA